AACAAUACGAACAUUGACGGAGAUACACGAAGUGCGCGAUGAAUGGAACUAUAUGACAUGUCAGUGAUUCUCAAACAUAAACUUCGAUGCGAAUUCUCGAUUCUAUAGCACAGGUGUAGAGGGAUGAUUUUACCCCACCCUCUAAACCGUGGCUGGUACCAACGUAACGGGGGGAUGAUUAUUGACGUCCGAUAAACGUGGCAAGGAACUCGUAUCGCUGAAAGAAAAUGGGAUUGUUCGAUCGUUUAGCGAAUCUCCUCGGUCUUAGGAAAAAAGAAGUAAACGUUUUAGUAGUGGGCCUUAAUAACAGUGGUAAGUCGACGGUCAUAAAUAAUUUCAAACGCGAGGACGACCGUUGCAUAGACAUAGUGCCCACUGUCGGGUUUAAUGUCGAGAAAUUCGCAUUCAAGAAUGUCAAUUUCACCGCAUUUGAUAUGUCAGGCCACGAUCGUCAUCGAUCAUUGUGGGAGCAUUAUUAUAAAGAUUGCCACGGGAUUAUCUUUAUAAUUGACAGUAGCGAUAAGCUCCGACUGGUUGUCGUGAAAGAAGAAUUGGACAUGCUCUUGCAACAUCCCGAUGUAGCAGGUCGCAAAAUACCCAUCCUUUUUUUGGCAAACAAAAUGGAUUUACCUGACUCCUUGACUACCGUGAAGCUGGUCGCUGGAUUGGGACUCGAGCGAAUACAGAAUAAACCCUGGCAUAUACGAGCGACAAACGCGAUAACCGGCGAAGGUUUGCAGCCGGCAAUCGAGUGGCUGACAGAUCAAAUUCGUGAUAUAUACAUUAACAAGAGAUAAAACGCGCCGACAUCGGAUGGAAAACGCGAUUGGUUUGAUUUUUUUUUCUCUUUUGACAAAAUGUGUCGGAUCGACAUUAGUGCCUGUAUAUGUCAUUUAAAAUAUGUUACGGAAUUCUUCGUAUUUUUGUAUUUGAAGAGUGUUUCAUUUGGCGCUACUAAAAAUGUUUAUGGAAUCAACAGUCAUGAUUCACGAAUGUACCUAGACGCGACAUGUCAGACUCGAAAGUACCUAUCUUAAUUCAAACGUGAGGGCACUCUUGACGUCGAGUGAAACGUCAGUCGUCCAUUCGAAAUCCGGUGUAAUCGGGUGUAAUAGCGUAAAGAAAUUCUCGGUACAAAGUUCUCAUAAGUUUCUAUCGAAAAGAAAGUGUAUUCUUCGCGUUGAAUAUUGCUAUAAUCGAGGUAAAAAAUGUAUAAUUAGGAAGCAUCGCCGCAAGCUCAAUUUAAUUCCGUCCAAAAGUAGGCGUACAUAGCUGAACAUAUGUAAGUGUAUAUAAAAUUAUUAUUUUUUAAUAUAAUUGCGGCCCAAUUUUCCGCACUGUAACGAUAGAGCAUCGUAUAAUGCUCUGCAGAGAAAUAUUUCAUCGUAAUAUUUAAACUAUUCAGUUUCAAUAAACAUUUGAAUUGAA